AUGUUAAAUCAAAAUAUUGAUAGUGAUGAACAAUGGUGUCAAUGGUUACGUUUUCAACCUUGUGAAUAUGUAAUACAAAAUUCUUUUGAUAAUACACUUUCACUUGAUCCAUUAGUUCGUAUGGUUCAUCAAGGAAUAAAUAGUUGUAAUGAUGAAAAUGAUAAAAAUUUAGUUCUGAAAUAUCCAGCAUUAAGGUUAUUAUGA